AUGGAUACUUCUCUGCAGGUGAUUGCUAUCAUCACCAUCGAUGUGCUCAUUCAAGACUUUGUCAGAAAUGGGGCGACGAGUGGGCCGGCACGAGCCACUGCUAGCGCCGCCAUAUUCUUCUUGCUGAUGAUCGUCUAUUUGGUCUGCUCACUCGUCCUCAUUUAUGCUGCGGAAAAAAAGAAGAGAAAGCUCCACUUGCCAUGGCUGAUUGUACACCCACUGAUAACAGCAAUAUUGAUGGCCGUCAUGGGAGUCGCAAACACUGGACCUGUAUUCGACGAUUACACCGUCUACACCUACAUGCAAGUGACCCACGCCGUAUACAACGUAGGAGUUCUUCGGAUGUUCAUCAUUUUAUGUGAGGUUCCUCAUCUACUUGUGGGUGGUGGUGGUCGCAAAUUACCAGAAGCUGGGAACGCAGGGCACCACGCAACCACUCAGCAACUGGCGCGGCAAGGGCCCAUCUCAAGGGAAUUCCCAGGAAACGGUGGUCCCCUGAAUGGACCUCCUGGGCUGGAGAGCCUCCUCGAGGGGAACCUGCGCCUCUUCCGGCGCCUAACGUCAUCUUUCAUUCGUUUCCUCUGUAGCCGGAUGUCGCGCAUGCACUUUGCCAAAGAGUGACAUUUUCACCACACAAGUACAUACCUAUUAAUAGAAGGAAUAUUC